GGGGAAAUCCCAAGAUGGCCUUUUGGAAAAAAACGGAGCCGUUUGUUUACAUAAUUUGUCUAAUAAUUAUACAAUAUGUGGACCUGUCAGAAGGUGUGGUUGAGCAAACAACAUCUUACAAUCCUAGGGGAGUUGGAUUCUAUGAAGCAUACAGUAGUGUAUCCAUGGCAAAGUUUAAUGUACCAGACCUAGCUGCUGUUGUUUCCUGGAGAAUAUCUGGUCGUAAGAACUUCAAAGAAUGUGAAACAAAAUCAAUUCAAAUGGUUAUUCAACAUGGGAGUUAUCCAGUGAUCAAUCCACAGAACGAGACAUUUCCUGAUGAUUUUUACUUAGAACGCGCUGACAUGCAGUUUAUUAGUUUCCCUAGUGACUCACUGAUAUUAUACUUGGUGAACAAUCCAUUGCCAGGCAACUGGUAUGCAGCAGUAUUUAUCAAUGAAAAGAAUGAGCAUAUCACUCCACCGGGAUUAACAACAGAGUGUGCAUACAGUUACCAGGCAACAGUUGACGUGGUGACAUUUGAAGACAUUGUUGUUGUAGACAAUGGCAAACAGAAUUCUGUUUCACUCAUUAAUGAAAACACUCAACAACUUCUCAGAAUAUUCGUUCCAUGGACAGGAAAAUCCACAAGUGUGACCUUAACAAACUGUACAGCAACUGUAAAUGGCACCAAGUUCUCUGAUUGUCCAGUUUCCAUUGCAAUUAGACCAAAGGCAUUCCCAAAUUGGGAGGGGAUUCCCUUGGAAACAAUUUCGAGGAAUUGUUCCAUGACAUCAGAUACUGGUUGCGUAUUAGAAGAAAAUAAUCCUGUUCUUGACGUGUGGUACUAUAUUUCCAUUCUCAAGACUGAACCAUUCAAUGUGAGUGCUGCAGUUACAUUGUCCAUGAUAGAAUGUUCCCAACCCAUUGGUCAACUUUUUGACAACACUCAACUCCAAGAUGCCAAAGAUGUAGAAGUCAAUGACAAUGCCACCACUGACCAUCCUACAAUAGAGGAAGACAGUGAAAUAAUCCAAGAUACAGAUAUGGGGUCGCAAAAUUCCAAUUCAUUAAAUGAAUCCAUCAUCAUAUCCAAAUCCCCUGAGGCUGGGAGUUACUUCAAUAGUGAGGGUGUGAGUGGGAGACAGGUCUGUGAGAGAGACAGUGCAAGCAAAGUUUGUGAUUUGCAGAAAAGAUGUGACAAUGCGACAAUGUUAAUGAGAGAGACGAAUCAAGGUGGUUACUUUCAGUCUCGCUACAGACUAGAUAGUGUUUACCCUGACCUUCUGGAAUUAACAGAUUCAGAGCCAUCUAUCCUUGCCCUAGAGACCCAAGAAUCAAGUAUAGGUGGCACUUUGAGGAUAGAGCUUAAGAUUGAAGAAUAUUUUGCUAACUCAUCUGCAGAGAAUGUGAGUGUUAAGGCCUGCAUCCAGAAAGACAGAAUACCUGUGAAGAAUGGAGAGUUUUACUGUAGGGAGAAUUCAGGGAGAAUCAGAAUUAAUUCUACUUCGGGAGCUAGUGGCUCACUCUAUAUUCCAUAUCCAGAACCAGGAAAAUGGUACAUCGUCAUGGAGAGGAGCUGUUAUCAUGGCAACAACAGUGAUGUGACCCAACCAUGCAUACAAAAUAGCACUAUAGUCAGGUUCAGAGUUGAUGUCCAAGUGUGUUAUGACAAUGGGUGCUCUAAAUAUGGUUACUGCUACAUCUACAGAAGUGGAGUUUUCCCAUUCUCUUCAUGUAGCUGUUCCUCAGGCUGGAGAGGCUAUGGAUGCACCGAUGGAAAGUAUGCCAGAGAACCAAACCGCCAACUUCUUGGAACAUUACUGUUAACCCUUAGCAACCUAUUCUUCAUCCCAGCUAUAUGCCUGUCUGUGUAUCGGAGAUUCUAUGUAGAAGCAUUUGUAUACAUGUUUAACAUGUUUUUCUCAACAUUCUACCAUGCCUGUGAUAACUCCAGCUAUUAUCACACAUUCUGCCUCCUGAAACUCUCCACACUCAGCUUCAGUGACUUCUACGGCUCUAUCAUGUCAUUUUGGGUGACCCUCAUAGCCAUGACACGCUUCCCUCACAAGGCCCAACACUUCGCUCAUAUAUUUGGAGCACUGGGAUUGGCAUUUGGAGUGUCGUGGGUUCAGCAUAGCAUCUACCCAUAUCUUAUAUCCAUAGUUUUAGGAGCCUUGCUUGUAGCUGUGUCUUGGGGUCUCAAAAUGUAUAAGAGAAAGGGUUGCUACCCAACUAAAAAGAAAUGGUUGAUCUCAGUUAUACCAGGACUACUUAUAGCAGGCAUGGGUCUCAUCAUUUAUGCAUUCUUAGAAACUACAAGUAAUUAUGACUACACCCACAGUGCUUGGCAUGUGUGUAUGGCGACUUCUAUAUGUUUCCUAUUACCUCCUAGGAGAAGUAAAGAAAUUGAAUUUAAGACUAUGACUGAGGAGAGUGAACAGGAGAACAACAUUACUCUGGUAGGGACUGACAAUCCUAAUAUGAUAUUAUGA